CCCCCUUUCCGUGGAAUCACUUAGACACUUCCAGCUGGUGGCAAGGGGGAGAUACGGCCAUAAUACCGCUUUCUCCAUCCUGGCUGUCUUCCUCAUUACGCUAAAUGCAUUAGGAUGGCUGUACCGCUUUGUCGAGGACGGUCAGGUGCAGAAAGGUACCAGGAGGAGAGAUCUGCAAGCAUGAAUCCGGGUAGCGUCUGCCAGCUCCGUCCAGACCUUUGAAUCCUGAAUGUCUGCCUGGCUCUAGCCAAACUGUUUUUCUUGGCUGCUCAGGGGCUGGUUUAGAGGUGCCUGAGGGAAGCACCUUUUUUUUUUCCUUUAAUGCCAGGGAAGGAUUUUGGUCGCCCGGGGUGUCCUUAAAUGCAUUAUGGCUCAUGCAGCAUCUCAGCUGAAGAAAAACAGAGAUCUAGAGCUUAACCCUGAUGAAGAGAACGAGAAAAAGAGGAAACACAGGAAGAGAUCCAGGGACCGAAAGAAAAAGUCUGACACCAAUGCAAGCUACCUACGAGCAGCCCGGGCAGGCAACUUAGAAAAGGCCCUCGACUACUUAAAAAGUGGAGUGGACAUCAACAUUUGCAAUCAGAAUGGGUUGAACGCUCUUCAUCUCGCCUCCAAAGAAGGCCACGUCGAAGUCGUCUCGGAGUUGAUCCAGAGAGGUGCUCACGUGGAUGCCGCAACAAAGAAAGGAAACACAGCUUUGCACAUAGCAUCUCUGGCGGGGCAGACCGAAGUGGUGAAAGUGCUGGUUACGAACGGGGCCAACGUCAAUGCACAGUCUCAGAAUGGCUUCACCCCAUUGUAUAUGGCAGCUCAAGAAAAUCACCUGGAAGUGGUUAAGUUUCUUCUCGAUAACGGGGCAAGUCAGAGCCUUGCGACAGAGGAUGGCUUCACCCCGUUGGCAGUAGCCCUUCAGCAGGGCCACGACCAGGUGGUUUCCUUGUUGCUUGAAAAUGACACCAAGGGGAAAGUCCGGCUUCCUGCUCUUCACAUUGCUGCACGCAAGGAUGACACAAAGGCAGCUGCCCUGCUGCUGCAGAACGACCACAAUGCAGAUGUGGAGUCCAAGAGCGGCUUCACUCCUCUCCACAUAGCUGCCCACUAUGGAAACAUUAAUGUGGCUACGCUACUUUUAAAUCGUGGUGCUGCCGUGGACUUUACUGCAAGGAACGAUAUCACUCCAUUACAUGUAGCAUCGAAGCGAGGGAAUACCAACAUGGUUAAACUGCUACUUGAUAGAGGAGGGAAAAUCGACGCCAAAACAAGGGACGGAUUGACCCCUCUUCACUGUGGGGCACGAAGUGGCCACGAGCAAGUUGUGCGCAUGCUGCUUGAUCGGGGAGCUCCUAUUCUUUCCAAAACAAAGAAUGCAUUCCAGCCCUUUUGUUUUAUUGGCAUCAUCGUGGUUAGCACUGCAGCCGCAUCCAUGUGGGUGAAUGCCAUCUUAGGUGAAUGCCUGUCUCCAUUGCACAUGGCGACGCAGGGACACCUCAACUGCGUCCAGCUUCUGAUCGAGCACAAUGUGCCCGUGGACGACGUCACCAACGACUACCUAACAGCACUGCACGUUGCCGCUCACUGUGGCCACUACAAAGUCGCAAAGGUUUUGUUGGACAAGAAAGCAAACCCUAUUGCCAAAGCACUGAACGGUUUCACACCCCUCCACAUUGCCUGCAAAAAGAAUAGAAUUAAAGUUAUGGAGCUUCUGCUGAAACACGGGGCAUCAAUCCAAGCUGUCACGGAGUCGGGCUUGACUCCGAUCCAUGUUGCUGCCUUCAUGGGACAUGUAAAUAUCGUUUCACAGCUGAUGCACCAUGGAUCGUCACCCAACACAACCAACGUGAGGGGAGAGACAGCCCUACAUAUGGCUGCAAGAGCUGGCCAGUCGGAAGUUGUUCGGUACUUGGUACAGAACGGUGCUCAGGUAGAAGCAAAAGCCAAGGAUGACCAAACACCACUGCACAUCUCUGCACGAUUGGGGAAAGCCGACAUAGUCCAGCAGCUGUUGCAACAAGGAGCAUCCCCGAACGCGGCCACAACAUCAGGAUAUACGCCGUUGCAUCUCUCGGCACGAGAAGGACACGAAGAUGUAGCAUCUGUCCUCUUGGACCAUGGUGCCUCCUUAAGUAUAACUACCAAGAAAGGGUUUACUCCUCUACACGUGGCUGCCAAGUAUGGCAACAUUGAAGUGGCCAACCUCCUGCUUCAGAAGAAUGCCCCUCCAGAUGCUGCUGGAAAGAGUGGUUUAACUCCACUGCAUGUCGCGGCACAUUACGAUAAUCAGAAAGUGGCGCUUCUGCUCUUGGACCAGGGAGCCUCACCUCACGCGUCUGCAAAGAAUGGUUACACGCCCCUGCACAUCGCUGCCAAGAAGAACCAGAUGGAUAUCGCAACCACGCUGCUGGAAUAUGGUGCUGACGCCAAUGCCGUCACCAGGCAGGGCAUCGCCCCUGUGCAUCUGGCCUCCCAAGAGGGUCAUGUCGACAUGGUGUCGUUGCUUCUGACCAGAAAUGCUAAUGUGAACCUAAGCAACAAGAGUGGCCUGACUCCGCUCCACCUCGCGGCUCAAGAGGACAGAGUCAACGUGGCCGAGGUCCUCGUGAAUCAAGGUGCUGUUGUGGACGCACAGACUAAGAUGGGAUACACUCCAUUACAUGUUGGCUGCCACUAUGGAAACAUCAAAAUAGUCAAUUUUCUUCUGCAGCAAUUUGCAAAAGUUAAUGCCAAAACAAAGAACGGCUACACCUCCCUUCAUCAAGCAGCCCAACAGGGACAUACCCACAUAAUCAACGUCUUGCUCCAGAAUGGCGCGUCACCCAAUGAGCUCACUGUGAACGGGAACACUGCCCUUGCCAUCGCCAAACGACUGGGCUACAUCUCAGUGGUCGACACUCUGAAGGUCGUGACGGAAGAGACAAUGACUACAAUUACUGUCACAGAAAAACAUAAAAUGAAUGUCCCGGAAACAAUGAACGAAGUUUUGGAUAUGUCUGAUGAUGAAGUUCGUAAAGCGAAUGCCCCCGAAAUUCUCAGUGAUGGUGAAUAUAUGUCAGAUGGUGAAGAAGGUGAAGAUGCAAUGACUGGCGAUACGGACAAGUACCUGGGGCCGCAGGAUCUCAAAGAGCUGGGAGACGAUUCUCUACCGGCGGAAGGAUACAUGGGCUUCAGUCUGGGUGCCCGAUCGGCCAGCCUCCGCUCCUUUAGUUCGGCUGGGUCCUACACUCUGAACAGAAGCUCCUUCGCUCGGGACAGCAUGAUGAUCGAAGAACUUCUGGUGCCGUCGAAAGAUCAGCACCCGACGUUUCCGAGGGAAUUCGACUCUGACUCGCUCAGACAUUAUAGCUGGGCUGCAGACACCCUGGAUAACGUUAACCUUGUCUCCAGUCCCAUCCAUUCUGGUUUUCUGGUUAGUUUUAUGGUGGAUGCCCGUGGAGGUUCCAUGAGGGGCAGCCGUCACCAUGGCAUGAGGAUUAUCAUUCCUCCGCGAAAAUGUACAGCGCCCACCCGCAUCACCUGCCGCUUGGUAAAGAGGCACAAACUGGCCAGCCCUCCGCCAAUGGUUGAAGGAGAAGGAUUGGCUAGUAGACUGGUGGAAAUGGGGCCUUCAGGUGCACAAUUCUUAGGUCCUGUCAUAGUGGAAAUCCCCCAUUUCGGAUCGAUGCGCGGAAAAGAAAGAGAACUGAUCGUGCUCCGGAGUGAGAACGGGGAGACGUGGAAAGAGCACCAGUACGACAGCCGGCACGAAAACCUCGGUGAAAUCCUCAACGGCAUGAAUGAAGAGUUGGACAGUGCUGAAGAACUCGAGAAGAAACGUAUCUGCAGAAUUAUCACAAAGGACUUCCCCCAGUACUUUGCGGUGGUUUCACGAAUCAAGCAAGAAAGCAACCAGAUUGGUCCUGAAGGUGGUAUCCUGAGCAGCACGACUGUGCCACGGGUUCAAGCUUCAUUUCCAGAAGGAGCAUUAACCAAAAGAAUACGAGUGGGCCUUCAGGCUCAACCAGUUCCAGAUGAAACCGUCAAGAAAAUUCUUGGCAACAAAGCAACUUUCAGUCCCAUUGUUACCGUGGAACCCAGAAGAAGAAAAUUCCAUAAACCAAUCACCAUGACGAUCCCCGUGCCACCCCCAUCUGGGGAAGGGAUAACCAAUGGAUAUAAAGGCGACACAACGCCCAGCCUUCGACUACUAUGUAGUAUCACAGGCGGUACUUCACCAGCUCAGUGGGAAGAUAUCACAGGCACCACUCCACUGACCUUUGUAAAUGAUUGUGUCUCUUUCACAACCAACGUUUCAGCCAGAUUUUGGCUAGCAGACUGCCAUCAAGUUCUUGAAACCGUUGGGCUGGCCACACAACUUUAUAGGGAACUAAUAUGUGUCCCGUACAUGGCCAAGUUUGUGAUUUUUGCCAAAAUGAACGAUGCCGUUGAAUCCAGUUUGCGUUGCUUCUGCAUGACAGAUGACAAAGUGGACAAAACACUGGAGCAGCAAGAGAAUUUUGAAGAGGUUGCAAGAAGCAAAGAUAUCGAGGUUCUGGAAGGAAAGCCUAUUUAUGUGGACUGCUAUGGGAAUCUGGCCCCUCUGACGAAAGGAGGACAACAGCUUGUAUUUAAUUUUUAUGCUUUCAAAGAAAACAGACUGCCAUUUUCUAUCAAGAUUAGAGACACCAGCCAAGAACCCUGUGGUCGCUUAUCCUUUUUGAAAGAACCAAAGACUACAAAAGGUCUCCCACAAACAGCCGUUUGCAACCUAAACAUCACUCUGCCAGCACACAAAAAGGAAACAGAGUCAGAUCAAGAUGAUGAGACGGAGAAAACAGACCGGCGCCAGAAUUUUGUCUCCCUUGCUUUACGUAAGCGCUACAGCUAUCUGACUGAACCUGGAAUGAAAACAGUUGAACGAAGUGCAGGAGCUGCAAGACCCCUACCUGCUACCUAUUCAUACAAGCCAUUCUUUUCAGCAAGACCAUAUCAGUCAUGGACCACAGCUCCAAUCACAGUGCCUGGACAAAGCAAAUCCGGCUUCACUUCCUUAUCAAGCUCUUCCUCUAACACUCCAACAGCUUCCCCAUUAAAAUCAAUAUGGUCUGUUUCUUCUGCUUCACCUAUAAAAUCCACGUUAGGAGCCUCUACUACAUCUUCGGUUAAAUCUGUUAGCGAUGUAGCUUCUCCGAUUAGAUCAUUUCGGACAAUGGCCUCGCCAAUAAAAACCGUGAUCUCAUCAUCUCCGUAUAAUAUCCAAGUCUCUUCUGGUUCCUUCAUCAGAGCUCCUGCAGUAACAGAAGGCACUAGUUUGAAAGGGCUGGCAUCCAAUUCCGCUUUCCCCUCUCGGACAUCUCCAGUGACUACAGCUGGGUCUCUUUUGGAGAGAUCAUCCAUUACCAUGACGCCUCCAGCAUCUCCCAAAUCGAACAUUAACAUGUACUCUUCGAGUUUGCCAUUUAAAUCAAUCAUCACAUCAGCAUCACCGCUUUUAUCUUCACCUUUAAAAUCAGUGGUGUCUCCUGCUAAGUCAGCAGUUAAUGCUGUUUCAUCCUCUAAAGUCACGAUGGCUUCAUCCCUCUCAUCCCCUGCGAAACACAUAGUCGGGCAUACAGAAAUAGCCAUGGUUAAUGGGUCCAUAUCACCUUUGAAAUAUCCGUCCCCUGCCAGUUUAAUCAAUGGAUCCAAAGCCACAUUUCAAGACAAGAUCACUGCAGCAGCCAGUUCUGCGAGUUGUGCUGUUAAUGCAGCCACCGAUACAGUUGAGAAAAUGUUUCCAACUACUACGACAAUGCCAUUUUCUCCACUCAGGUCGCUUGUGUCUUCGAGUCCAUCAGCCUUUCAGUCAAUAAGAACUUCUUCUGCAGGUGCACUAUACACAUCUCUUGGGUCAAUAUCAGCAACUACCUCGUCAGUUACUUCAUCAACAAUCACAGUGCCAGUAUAUUCUGUAGUCAAUGUUUUGUCUGAACCAGCACUAAAGAAGCUCCCAGAGUCCUCUUCCCUUACAAAAUCGGCAGCUGCGUUGUUAUCGCCUGUUAAAACAUUGACUACAGAGACACGCACCCAGCCUCACUUUAACCGAAACUUAUCUCCUAUAAAAUCAUCCUUGUUUUUAGCACCCUCUGCUCUUAAGUUGUCCGCACCAUCUUCUUUAUCCUCUAGUCAGGAGAUAUUAAAAGAUGUGGCUGAGAUGAAAGAGGACCUAAUAAGAAUGACAGCAAUAUUGCAGACAGAUGUAAUGGAGGAAAAGGCAUUCCAGCCAGAACUAACAAAAGAGGGUAGAAUAGAUGAUGAAGAACCUUUUAAAAUUGUUGAGAAAGUAAAAGAGGACUUAGUAAAAGUUAGUGAGAUACUGAAAAAAGAUGUGUGUUUAGAAAAUAAAGGAUCCGCCAAGCUAUCAAAAAAUGAUAAAGGACACUCAUCUGAGGAUGAAUGGGUAGAGUUCAGUGCAGAUGAGAUUGAUGAAGCAAGAAGGCAGCCCAUGAUAUAUCCUCCUAUAACUAUUCCUGAGAAAAUGCAAAUUAAAGCAAAGGCCGUAUCUGAAAAAGAUUAUAACUUGAGUAAAGUAAUUGAUUAUUUGACCAAUGACAUUGGGAGUUCUUCACUGGCAAGCUUAAAGUACAAAUUUGAAGAGGGGAAACGAGAAGGUGAAGAGAGACAAAAACGAGUUUUAAAACCAGCCACAGCUUUACAAGAACAUAAGCUUAAAAUGCCUCCAGCCUCCAUGAGGCCUUCUACUUCAGAAAAGGAGUUGUGCAAAAUCGCUGAUUCCUAUUUUGGAACAGAUACCAUUUUAGAGUCUCCAGAUGACUUUUCCCAACAUGACCAAGAUAAAAGUCCAUUGUCUGACAGUGGCUUUGAAACAAGAAGCGAGAAAACACCUUCAGCCCCACAAAGUGCAGAGAGCACAGGGCCGAAACCGCUUUUCCACGAUGUCCCCAUCCCUCCUGUCAUUACAGAAACGAGAACUGAAGUGGUUCACGUUAUUCGUAGCUAUGAACCCUCUUCGGAAGAGGUUCCUGAACCACAGGCAGAAGAGCCACCAUCAACAAAAGUGGAACCCACUCUUAUGGAGCUAGAGCCCAGGUCAAAUGGUGGAUCUAUCAAAGAAAAAGUGAAAGCAUUUCAGUUGCAAGCUAAUAGCGAAGAUGAUGACCACAAGUGUGUUCUUGGGAAAGGUGUCCGUGUGAAAGAAGAGACUCAUAUCACUACCACAACUAGAAUGGUAUACCACAAGCCUCCAUGCCCUGAGAAUGCUUCAGAAAGAAUUGAGGAAACAAUGUCUGUUCAUGAUAUAAUGAAAGCUUUUCAGUCAGGACGUGAUCCUUCCAAAGAACUGGCAGGUCUGUUUGAACAUAAGUCUUCGGUAGCACCAGAUGUUAGCAAGUCAACUGAAAUUUCACCACAACAUGCAGAGAAGGACAGCAAAAUGAAACCCAAACUGGAGCGUAUAAUAGAGGUCCAUAUUGAAAAAGGUAAUGAGGCUGAACCUACUGAAGUCAUUAUUAGAGAAACAAAAAAACAUCCAGAGAAAGAAAUGUAUGUUUAUCAGAAAGACUUACCCCGGGUUGAUUUGGAAAAGCACGAUGCUCUUCCUUGUUCAGAUGAACAAGGUCAGCAAGAAGAAGAAGAGCUUACAGCUGAAGAGUCACUUCCUUCUUAUCUGGAAUCUUCUAGAGUAAAUACUCCUGUGUCUCAGGAAGAAGACAGUCGCCCUAGUUCUGCCCAACUUAUGUCUGAUGACUCGUACAAAGCACUGAAGCUUUUGAGCCAGCACUCAGUAGAGUACCAUGAUGAUGAGUUGUCAGAACUAAGAGGGGAGUCAUACAGGUUUGCUGAGAAAAUGCUUCUCUCAGAAAAGCUAGAUGUGUCUCACUCUGAUACUGAGGAAUCAGUUACUGACCAUGUUCUACCCCUUAGCUCAGACUUGCAGGGGCCUGAUAAGCGAUGCAAAGUAGCUACAGCCCCCACAAAAGAAAUCCUCACCAAAAUCUCUAAAGAUAUAUCAGAAAACGGUGUAGGUAAAAUGUCCAAAGAUGAUCAUUAUGAUAAAGUGACAGUGUUACAUUAUACCGGAGAUGUUAGUAGCCCCAAGCAAGCCAUGUGGAUGCGGUUUACUGAGAACAGAUUAGACAGAGGUAGAGAAAAGUUGAUUUAUGAAGACAGGGUGGACAGGACUGUUAAGGAAGCAGAAGAGAAGCUGACGGAAGUAUCACAGUUCUUCCGGGACAAAACAGAAAAACUGAACGAUGAACUCCAGUCUCCGGAGAAGAAGCAACAGAAAAGAAAUGGGAAAGGAACAGGCCGCAGUUCAGCCCAUAGCAGCCCUGAAAAAGUGACAGUGACUGAGCUGCCGGGUUCAAAGGAUGACUGGAGUAAAGGAGGGUUGUAUGGCCAUGAGGGAAAGUGCUUUCCCAAACCUGAUGAAAGAAGAGCAGCUAGUUUGCCCAGCAGCCCUGAGAGAAGGGCUCUCUCACAGCAAACUGAAGACUGUAAGCAGUCGUUGGAGCACAAAGGAAUUGCUCAGAAGAGUAAAACCCCCGAGUCUUCACCGACUGGCUUUCAACUGAAGCAAUCCAAACUCAGUUCUAUUAGGCUGAAGUUUGAACAGAGCAUAGGCUCUAAGAGUAAGGAGCUGCCACAAGAUGAUAAAAAGCAGGACACUCAGUCUAGAAUCCCGGUGAAAAAGUUACAAGACAGCAAACUCCCAGUUUACCAAUUUUAUGCAAGAGAAAAGCACGCAAAAGAGAUAGACCUCGCUGAUGGAAACAUAACACUUCAGAGAGAAGCGUCCGCUGUCAAAUUAAAAGAUGGCAUCCUGAGCAAAGGGAAAGCUAUGGAAGAUGCUGCUGCUUCAGAAGUACUAAAACACAGGACUGAAACGCUAAGUAAAGCUGUUACAGAUGGUUUUUCAGACCAGAAGGUGAAAGGUCUGUCAUACAGUUUGAGCUCAGACACUCCACUAUCGAAGGGGAAUUGGGAUAAAAAGAUCUAUAGAACGUGGGAAAGUCCCGGAACAUCGACUCAUAAAACACAAAAAGAAAAACUUUCCCAUGUCCUUAUUCAAGAUGUAGUGAAAGAAAAUCACAUCGCCCACCCUGAGGCUAAAGACAUGGGCAAAGCUGGUGAAUUUAUCACUGUGACAGAACAUGAGCACAAAGUGUCCACAAAUGGAUCACGUUCGAAGGAGGUGAAGGAAAUGACUGUUAACUCUCCCUCCAAAAAGGUCCUGUAUAGAGAAUUCCUGGUCAGAGAAGGGGAAUGCCCCAGUGAAGUGAUGGAUAGAACUUCCAAGAAAAAGGAACCAUUAACUACAUCCCACAUCCCAAUCAGGAUUUCAGAAGAAAAAAGAAUGUUAUCAGUUAACAUUCCUGAUAGCAUUCACGAGCAGUCAAAAAACACAGCCCGCGAACUGCCAGCUAAACUGUCCCAUGCCAGUAUAGCUAAGGAAAAAGAUGACAGACAGUUUGAUUAUUCAGAGCAAGAUAAAAAUAGGCACUCAGAGUUCAGUAAGGUGAGCAGUAAGCAACAUGGUUACACUGAGUUAAGUCCUCUUGCGGAGGAUGCAGAGCUAUCUCCUAGUAAAUCACCGGAUUCUUUAGAAAUUAGCCCAGGGAAAGAGACUGCUUCAAGGGACUUUGACUCAAAUCAUUAUGCUAAUAUGGGGAAAUCUGGCCCCUUAGCUGCUGCAGCUGAGGGUACAAAAGAGAUAAAAACUUUACCAGUUUAUGUCAGCUUUGUUCAAGUAGGGAGGCAGUAUGAAAAGGAGGUGCAGCAAGGAACUGUUAAAAAAAUUGUAAGUCAGGAGUGUAAGACUGUGCAAGAGACAAGGGGGGGCUUUUAUACCACCAGGCAGCAAAAACAACUUCCUUCUCCGCAGGGUAGUCCAGAAGAUGACACGUUAGAACAGGUGUCCUUUAUAGAUAGCUCUGGGAAAAGUCCAUUGACCCCUGAAACACCAAGCUCAGAGGAAGUCAGCUAUGAGUUUACCUCUAAAACUCCUGACUCGCUAAUAGCUUUUAUACCAGGCAAACCCAGUCCUAUCCCUGAGGUUUCUGAAGAGUCAGAAGAGGAAGCAGAGGUUAAAUCAACCUCUGUAAAACAGAUUACUGUGGAGGCACCAAAACCAGACAGAGUGUUGCCCAAUAACCUAGACAGAGAUUCUAAUAAAAGGCCAAAGGGGAACAGGGUUGCUUACAUUGAAUUCCCACCUCCUCCUCCAUUAGAUGCUGAUCAAACCGAAUCAGAAAAGCAGCACCACUCUUCUGAGAGCGAGAUGGAGAUGAUAGAAGUAAACCUGCAAGAUGAGCAUGACAAAUGUCAGCUGGCUGAGCCAGUCAUAAGGGUACAGCCACCUUCUCCUGUGCCGCCAGGAGAAGAUGUCAGUGACUCCAGUGACGAUGAAUCCCUGUAUCAGCCCAUACCAAUUAAAAAGUACAUGUUUAAAUUAAAUGACAUUGAAGAGGGCCAGAAAGAAGCCUUGAAGCAUAAGUCAUCCGAAAAGAAGGAAGCUGGGAAGCCGAAUGAAUUUGAUCUUGGCAUUGAUUCCCCCCAGAAUGAUAAUGCGCAAAAUGGGAACAAUGACCAGUCUGUCACUGAGUGUUCCAUUGCAACCACUGCAGAAUUCUCCCAUGAUACAGAUGCAACUGAAAUUGAUUCUCUCGAUGGCUAUGAUCUCCAGGAUGAAGAUGAUGGCUUAACCGAGAGUGAUUCUAAACUUGCAGGUCCAGCAGUAGAAACCAAAAAGGACAUAUGGGCUACAGAGGGUAUCUUGAAACAGACUGAUCGGUGCUUUAGCCAAAGUAAGCUGGAAGUUAUUGAGGAAGAAGGGAAAAUUGGUGCAGAAGAAAGCAAGCCUUUAUCAAAAUGCCCAGCUUCUGAAAAAAUUGCAGAUAAGACUGAGCAGAAGUCAGGGGCCCAGUUUUUUACUUUGGAAGGCAGACACCCUGACAGGACUGUGUUUCCUGACUCUUAUUUCAGUUACAAAGUAGAUGAAGAGUUUGCAACACCUUUUAAGACAGUAGCUACUAAAAGUCUAGAUUUUGACCCUUGGUCCAAUAACCGUGGGGAUGAUGAAGUUUUUGAGUCUAAAUCAAGGGAUGAUGAGGCUAAGCCCUUUGGCCUGGGAGUAGAAGAUAGAUCUCAAGCGACAACACCUGAUACGACUCCAGCCAGAACUCCAACAGACGAAAGUACACCAACUAGUGAGCCCAACCCCUUCCCAUUUCAUGAAGGGAAGAUGUUUGAGAUGACUCGCAGUGGCGCAAUUGACAUGAGCAAGAGGGAUUUUGUUGAAGAAAGACUCCAAUUUUUUCAGAUUGGUGAGCAUACUUCUGAAGGGAAGUCAGGGGACAAGGGGGAAGGGGAUAAAAAUAAAGUCACUGCCAUCACACAACCACAGUCAGGGAACAAAACGGUAGAAAAAACUCUAGAGGGAGACGUAGAGACACCAGCAGUUGAACAUAAGCUCAUCACCCAGGCCGGUGGAGAUUGUACAGAAGCAACACCGGGUAGUAGCUCACUGGAGAAAUCAUCAACAGCUGUUAAUGCUUCUAAAAUUGAUCCCAAAUUGCGCACACCUAUUAAAAUGGGGAUUUCUGCUUCUACUAUGACGCUGAAGAAAGAUGGCCCUGGAGAAGUUACAGAUAAGGUAGACUCUGUGAUGUCAGGUGUUCAGGGGUUAGAGUGUGAAGCCAUAGCAGAGGGUACGAGUACAGCUUUGCUUAGCCAGACAAAUGGUAGGGAAGCAGAAAAGCAUGAUUUCCAAAAAGAUAAUUUUAAUAACAACAACAAUUUGGAUCCACCCACUACACCUACUAAUAGCGUUACCUGUAAAAUAGUGCUAAAUGAACAUUUUGAGCCCAAGCAUCCCACACAGAAAGUUAAUCAAACGAAAAACACGUCAGGAAAUGGUAAAGGUGUGACACAAGGACACUGUAAGCAAAAAACACACGGAGAACAGCAGAAAUCAUCAGAGCCUCUAGGGAAUAGAGCAAGAUCAAAACUUCCCAUAAAGGCUACCUCAGCAAAAGAAGCCAUCCCACAUACCAGUAGCCAGGCCGGCAGAGUGACUAAAGUCAGACAGGAGAGUAAACUUGACAAAAGGAAACAGAAUAGCUCUCCUGCACAUGUAGAAGUAAGGUCUAAGAUUCCUGUAAAAAACACACAAAGGCAUAAUUUAGCUGUAGCUAGAAAAACACCCCCAGCUCAAAACCAAGAGCAGCUAGAGAGAAGCAAAGCCAAACCGCUUCCUUCUAAGUUACCAUUAAAGGUAAGAUCUGUCACCACCACGACAACAACAACAGUUAAAGUGAAGCAAAACCAGCUUAGGGAGGUAUGUAAACAUUCUAUUGAAUAUUUUAAGGGCAUUAGUGGUGAGGCUUUAAAGCUGGUGGAUCGUCUGUCCGACGAAGAGAAGCAGAUGCAGUCAGAGGUGUCUGAGGACGACGAAGACGAAGAUGAAGACAGUACAUCCAGAAACACGUCCUUGUCCGAAGCCACCCAAGUUUUCCUGCCUUCCGUUACACCGAAGCCCGCUAGAGAUAUGAGAACAGAGGCAGCAUCUUUAAAAACAAAGAUUGAAAAGGCCGACAGUGAGAGGAGGAGGAGUAAGAGGACUGGUCCACAGAGUCCAUGUGAGAGGACAGAUAUCAGGAUGGCUAUUGUGGCAGAUCACCUGGGACUUAGCUGGACAGAGUUGGCAAGAGAACUGAAUUUUUCUGUUGAUGAGAUUAAUCAGAUCCGUGUAGAAAAUCCAAACUCUUUGAUUGCUCAGAGCUUCAUGUUGUUAAAGAAAUGGGUUACCAGAGAUGGAAAAAAUGCUACAACUGAUGCCUUAACCUCUGUAUUGACAAAAAUCAAUCGGAUUGACAUUGUAACUCUGUUGGAAGGACCAAUAUUUGAUUAUGGAAACAUUUCGGGCACCAGAAGCUUUGCAGAUGAAAACAAUGUUUUCCAUGAUCCUGUUGAUGGUUGGCAGAGUGAAGGCUCCAGCGUCAACGUGGAACAACCAACGCCAGCACGCAAAAUAAGCGGUGAAUUUCUGGAUCGGCUGGAUAACAGGCCCGACCAAUGUAGAGAUUCUAUUACCUCAUAUCUCAAAGGAGAAGCUGGGAAACUGGAAGCCAAUGGCAACUACUCCGACCCAACAACGGAGGCAAAGACUAAGCCUUUCACUCAGGAGUCUGCAAAUGGUCUAGGGAAGCAGGGUGACAAGGAAACUGUGAAACCAAAAAUGCAGAGUUCUGUCCGUAUUGAAGAGCAAACAAUAUCCUUAGCAUCGCAUCAGAAAUCUUUGCAAGAGGCUAGCAAGCUAGCAGCCGACGCAUCUAAAACCUCUGUGCCUGUCAGCAUGAAAAAGAUGAGCUGGAACACUUCCGAGGAGAGCAAGCCAAGACCAAAAGCCCAGGAAGGGGAAGGAGCAGCAGCAGCCGAACAGAAGGAGUUUAGUGAGAGUGACAGUGACAGUGACAUUGAGAUUCAGAGCGAUUCAAGCUCAGAGGAAGAACAGAGAGUCACGACGAGGGUCUAUCGACGCCGUUUGAUUCUUAAGGGCGAGGAAGCAAAAAACAUUCCUGGUGAAUCUGUUACCGAAGAACAGUUUACUGAUGAAGAAGGCAACGUCGUCACCAGAAAAGUUACCCGAAAAGUAUUAAGGCGUCUUGUUAUCCCACAUGAGAAAAAACUCGAUGAAAUGCAGGGAGAAGGUUAUAAGGUGAAGACGAAAAAGGAAGUCCGACACGUAGAGAAGACGAUGUAUUCAUAACAGCCAAACAACAGAUGGACUGUAUGCGCUAUUACUGCCAGUAUUCUAGGAAGAAACUCAAGGAAGAAAAAACACAAAAUCAACAGGAAUUACCAAGUCACUGAAAAAAGUGUGUGUGCGUGUGUGUUUGCUGCUUCCACACAUUAACCGCAUGGUUUUUAUGCGAAAAGGAAAAAAAAACACAACAAAAAAAUUAAUUUAGCAUGAGCCAGUUCUUCAAGAGCAUGGAAAUUCACUUUCAUUCAUGGCACUGGAGAAGUUUGCAAAUGGCGGACCGAUGUACUGUAUAUACAAGAUGCCACGCUGGAAUAGCUUCUUUCAGGCCACUGGAAGUCAUCGCAAAACAAAAAGAAUUCCUGUAGCAAGGGGCGGGGGACGGGGAAACGAAUGACACUGAAAAAUGGCUCGAAUCACAGAAAGACACUAAAAUUUACUAAAAUCCACAGAACAGCUCGCCUUAUUUUUCUUGGACCCAAACUGUCAGGGUAAUAAAACACUCUUUUGUUUCUUUUUUUUAAAAAAAAAAAAACUGACAUCGAUAAUUUCACUGUAAAUAAAUAACACUGUAUAAAUUCUCAGUAGAUUCAAUGUUGAUAAGGCACUGGCUCUUAGCUCACCAACCGGAACACUGCAGUCGCGUCGAACAGAAAUCAGUGUCUCAACAUGGCUUACACCUGCAGGGAUAUUCUGGGUGUAUCUUCACGGAUUCUUGUAUAUUUAGCAAUUAUAAUGUUUGUAUAUGCAAAAAUGCUAGCUUGAUUUUAAAAAAAUCUUUAAAAUCCACUGCAAAUUUAAUGAUUCCUGAGAUGAGGAAUUCUGUAGUUCUGUGGGAAAAAAAAUGAUUUUUUUCCUCCUUCAGAGUACUAAUAUUUUGGUGCAUGCGUUUCACCUUAUUUUGAUGAAAACUUUUUCCAGUUUUGCAAACAUUAGACCGCAACUUGAUAAAUAAGAUUUGGGGAGGGGGGGGGGUCACAAUCCACCAAGCACGGCCACUGAGCCAGUCCCUGUUUGUUUAAAUAGGGUGUAGAGGGGACUCUGGCAAAUGCGCCACUGAAACAAAGGGCACUUGCCCAAGGAGCGUUUCUUGCUGGAAGGGGGUGUGCCCUUUCUCUGCAAACACAUAGGUAGCCCUUCAUAUCUAAUAUUUGUUGCUGUUGCCAAUUUUUUUCAAUGGAGAUGACCUAAAAUUUAAAGAAGAUAUAACAUCUACAGUAGUUGCAUUAUAGGGAGGGGGGGUUGCUAUCUGUUCUUGCUUUAUACCCCGGGGUGGGGUGGGGGGGUGGGAAUGCUUGCAGCUUUUUGAGAUGGGUUGGUGCUCUCGUAAGCACAAGUUUGGGAUAUUUAAAUUACAAAAAGAGAAAUGAAGAGAAAUCCUUAUCAGACUGGGCGGCACGCUGUAAAAAAUAUUACUGUAUUGUGUACUGGCUCUUAAGAUGUAGAAUCUUUAAAUAAGCCAAUCAUCUGUAAUCAUUCUAGCCGUGUCAUCUUAGGUUGUUCAGGCUGCUGUGUUUUAAAGGGCAUUUUUAUUUGGGUUUUUUGGUGAAAUACUUUAAUUUGUUAAUUAUCUUCAUAUGAAAACAGAAUUCAUUGAUAAUAGCUCUAAUUACACAUGUAUGAAAAAAAAACACACUGGAUGAUCUAGUUGAUUAUUUAAGCAUAAAAUAAAUUGUGUUAAAACUCUUCA